GCGUGUUGAGCCUACAAAGGAAGGGAAACCACAAAUGUUUUUUUCUCUGACGGAAUGUUCCCCUUUUCUAUAGCUUGCGUUUCUGAGUGUAGACGACAGUGUGUGUGAGGGUCAGAGAAAGAGAGAGAUACAGCUCUAAAUGUGGUCAGCCUCCCACAAGCGUGCAGUCUGGACCCUACUUAAACAGACCCUCAGGCAGGAACUGGUCCCAAUCUCUCCACUUUCUCCCCCCUAUCAUCACAGAGAGAGUUCCUGACUAAUCCCCUCUCUCAAGUACACGGUGAGCAAGGGAGAAUCAGCUCCUCAUUUCCAGGGCACACUGGUAGACAUUCUCGUUCAGCAAACCUCCGGAGGAGAAUCUCUCCCUGAAGACCUGGCUUUGUAGUUUGAACGAUCUUGGGACCUGACAUUUCUGUCGCUGGAGCUGCCAACAGGGUAUUCAAACAGGAGGGACACAAAGUAGGUGCAUCAAUGGAUCUGCAUGGGUUAUGGAGAUAAGGAGAUACAUAAUGGCUCAACAUGGGAACAUGACAGUGCUCUAUCAAGGUUUUGCUAAUGCUAUCAGCAGUUCUACUGCGAACAGUAGCCUCCUCAAUGCUAACCUGCCUCACACCAGCCUCCCUCAAACCAACACCAGCUCGGUACUGUGCCCAUGGAAACCCACCAUCUCGUCAGUGUCUGUUGCCGUCCCCAGCUUCUCCAUGACUCUGGGCGCCUUGUCCAACAUCAUUGCUCUUGUCAUCCUGAUCAAAUCCUACGCCAGGUUCCGCAGGAGGUCCAAAGCCACCUUCCUGCUCUUUGCCAGCAGCCUGGUGCUGACUGAUUUCGCCGGGCACGUCAUCCCAGGCGCGCUGGUCCUUCGUCUCUACUCGGAGGAAAUUGUCAGCACUGGACCGAUGUGCCAGUUUCUGGGGGGCUCCUUGGUGUUCUUCGGCCUGUGCCCACUCUUCCUGGGCUGCAUCAUGGCAGUUGAGCGCUGUGUCGGUGUCACAAAACCCCUGCUCCAUUCAGCUGUGGUCACGUCCACCAGGACUAAGCUGGCCGUUGUCUUUCUUUGGUUGACGGCCGGAUUCGUCGCUUUCCUGCCCUUUCUGAACUUUGGCCGAUAUGGCGUCCAGUGCCCGAGGACCUGGUGUUUCAUCCGCCUGGGGGGCCCUGCCCAGCACUGGACAGAGGAUGCCUUUGCUCUGCUCUUCUCUUUCCUGGGAAUGAUGGCUCUGUUAAUCUCACUGAUCUGCAACACCAUCAGCGGAGUGACGCUCAUCCAGGCCAGGAUUAAGAAGCAGAAUUGUAACCGCAGAGCAAAAUCCCAUGACAUCGAAAUGGUUAUCCAAUUAAUUGGGAUCAUGAUGGUGUCCUGUGUCUGCUGGAGCCCUCUUCUGGUGAUUGUUGGUUUAAAGAAAAUCCAGACCAUUGAGAAAGUGUCCUGGUUAAGCUUCCUCGGGGUACGCAUGGCUUCCUGGAAUCAGAUUCUGGAUCCCUGGGUGUACAUCCUGCUCCGACGUGCAGUCCUGAGGAAGGUUUAUACCAUGCUCGUAAGAAAGACGGACUUCAAUAAGAGCAAAUUUGACCGCUGGGAGUUUAGCUCCUUUCAGAGUUCAGAACGCAGUGUCAUUAACAAAUUCUGAAUGGAGACGGCUGGUGAGGAUCGGAAGCUGAAGACAUUGGUGAUGAGUCUCACUCCCGGCCACCUUGAGAGGAAUGUCAUAUUGCUCCAGCUGGCACCGAAGGAAGCAGACAUGGUGAAGAGAAGAACUUGAUCCCUCAGGGUCCUUUAGAGCUGCUGACUGUCAAUGUAGCAGCAGAAAACCUAAUGAUUAUUUUAACCCAUUGGGAUCUGACUCAGAUCACCGUGUCCUGUCGAUCGAGAACUCAGUGUGAAACUGAUUGAAUGUACCUUGAGUCCCAGAGGAUUAGAUCUGGUCUAAAGACUGUGCAAAACUGACUGACCAAGUGAGGACAAGUCAUUUCUUUGGGCUUCAGUUGGUGUGAACCAACACUGGACAAUCAACAAGAACAUUGCUUUCGUGUCAAAUAAGAUUUGGGGAGGGUGAGUGUGGCUUGGUAACAGGCAGGGCGGGCAAAAGCCAUUGAAACCAUGACCCCAACAAAGCAGUAACUCGAUGGUCAAGCGAACAUUGGGUUCUACCGCAAGGUCGACGGUGUGGAGAGUUCAAAAUUGAUCUGGUAACUCUCGAGUCAGCUGAGAAAUGCUGGCCUGUGGUUUGACAGAAGGCUUUUCCUGGUGAAAAGUUGAUUCCUUGGAUUUGUUGGGGGUUGGAGUGGUGGGGGGAGGAGAAGGUAGUUUGUUGGCAUCUCCAUUAUAAAUGCCCUCCUCGCUCUUUCACUUUGGAGGGUCUUUUGGGGAAUUUCUGACUUGGGCAGAACUGCCCUCCUUUCAUGAAGUAGGUAAUAUGACAAGGAAAGGGUGGAGGGGCAUAGGGAACUCAGCAUUGCGUGUGAAAAACCAAAUCUCCUCCAGCCCAUGGGCGAAAAGCAGGAAGUGUUAGAACACACAACAGCAGCAAACUAUUACUAAGUGAUGACAGGAAAGGAAAUUCAUUCCCAUUGGCUGUGUGCCUGUCAUUGGUGUUUGAAGUCGCAAUUGUCCAGUUGUGUGGCCAAAGCUUUCUAUGUUUUUGUCUGCAAGCCUGGGGAAUGUCGCAUCAAUGGCUGGGGUUGAAAUCUCCAAAAUUAGAACAUUGGAAUCAAACUCUGUAAUGGUUGCAGCCUGCAUGAUACUGAUGCACUAACAAGCCAAUUUAUUUUGUUGCUGGGAUUUUACUGUGUUUUUGAGGUUUUAUUGGAAUGCUGCCUUUCACCCUUGGUGGGUCUGGACUUUACCUACUCUCUGGUGUGCAUCUCUGGGUUCUGCAUAAUUGUUUCAAUGUUCAUAAGAGUUUAUUUUUUUUAAAAAAAUUCCUAUGGUUUUUCAUUCCAAUGUCCGACAAUAUGUCCCCUCUUUGUGUUGUGUAAACUUUCCCUUGAGCAAAUGGUCCCCGAGCCAGGGCUGGUCUGAAACCAGAAGCCAUCAAUAAACACCAUUCCUACAGAACCCUAUUCAACAGCCUGUUCACAGAAAAAGUGGUGGGGGCGUGGGGUGAUAUGGCUUUGGUUAUGACUGGGAGGGGUUAAGGCAUGUAAAAUCUGUUGAGGGAAAGACAGCAUAGUCCCAGAGGGUCACUCAGUCAUGAGAGAGAUGGACAACUGGUGUAACCAGAGGAGUCACCAACCCCUCAGGCAAUCUUGAGAAGGAGAGUCCUUUCAGGGUGACCUCAGCCUGUGGCAGGGAUUGAACCCACCCUGUUGGCAUCAGUUUGUUUUGCAAUCCAGCCUCCAGCCAACUAAGCUAUGGGCAAGCUGGAGAGAGGCACAAGAGUGAAAGGAUGUGAGGUGAAGGAAGAAACAUAAACAAGCAGCAUGGACCAGGCAGGCUGAAUGGCCUCUUUCUGUGCUGUGCAUUGUGUACACAAAUGCUCUGUGAAUCUGCUAAUGGAAUGGUUGGGCUCAUAUUUCACUUUGGAAGGACUACCAUCCGUUCCUGGGUUAUAGCAGCCAUACUGACCUGUGGCAACAUACCAGAAGCCAAAAGCACAGAAAGAUGCAGGUGGGCACUCACUGUGUGGUGCUGAUGGAGUGCCACACUGCCAGAGGUGCUGACUUUCAGCUGAGACUGUACCUUCAACCUGGGUAGGUGCAAAAGAUUCUGUGCCUCUACUUCGAAGAAAAGCGAGGGAAUUUCUCCCCCUGAGUCCAGCCAGCAUCAGCAGGAAAGGAUCGGCCAGUCAUUAAUCACAUUGCUGUUUGUGGGAUCUUGCUCAGGCUGGAUUAGCUGCUGAGUUUCCCCCAUUAUAACAGCCAAGGGCCUACAACGUCCUUCCCGUUUCCCAACCUGACACUGUUGACUGCCACUUGUAGCUGCGUGAAGUGGGGGAACAGGCUGGAGCACGUUAAAACAAGGAACAAAAGCAGAAGUUGCUGGAAAAGCCCAGCAGGUCUGGCAGCAUCUGUGAAGGAAAAAUCAGAGUUAACGUUUCAGGUCCAGUGACCCUUCCUCAGAACUUGUAUUCCAGGCGGGGCUAGGUUUAAUCCAAGAUGACCAUCGCUAAAAAUAAUUGCACUAACCACUUUCUAGAAAACUCCAAACCUCAUUGGUAGUCGAGGCUAUGACACAAUCUGAAGGGGUUACAUCUUAAGCUGUUGACUCCUUCAUUCAUUGCACUUUACUUUGCAAAUGGCACUUCAAUGAACGAUAUAUUUUAUAUUUGCUCAGAUCUCAGUACUGUUUAUUUUUGUGUCAACGUUCAGGAAUGCAGAGAAUUGCUCAGCUCAAAGAAUUUUUUAAAAAUAUGUGAAUAUUAAAUGAAUGUAUUUAAGAAUUAUCAUUAACUUUUGAACCAUGUAUUUUUGUAUGGUGGCCUUUUGAGUCAUUGCUUUGAUGUGACAAUAAAAAUUGAUGUUCAUAAC